AUGCGACGACAUCCAAAGAGCCUUUUGGGACUCUUCGAAUCCCCAUUACUUCAUAAAGGACACAUCCAGCCGUCCAUUCGAACCCUGACUCCUCGUUUUCAAUCCUCGUCCUCCAAUGAUUCGCGUUCCGACCAAACCAACUUGAACACCCGUCAUGGCACCACCGUCCGUCACAAACCUAAAAACUAUCUUCACAGCGAAAGAUUGCCGAUUGGAGUUACUUCACUAGGUGAACCUGGUGAAGUGGUUAUCGUGCCCCCCAAAAUCCGCCGACGACCGCAGCACAGUGGCCCGAAUGCGUUGGGAGAAGGAGAAGGCCAGCUGAAGGAAGACCCAAGCUCAGUCUCUGCUAUUCUGCACGACAUGGACGAGGAGUCAGUUGAAACGACGGCGGAGAUAAUACGGGUCAGAAUGGAAGGCCUCCGGACAUAUCGACCCAAGCAAAAACUGACUGCCAGCGAGUGGGAGGACCUUCAAUCGACCAUUGUAUCAUCCUUUUCCCGUCCUCAGCUGUCACAAUACGUGGCCGCAUAUAAUCACGACAUGCCGAUCUCCGAGGACAACCUUGCACCAUGGCGACCGGGAACAUCUGCAUUUAUCCUCAAAACCGGCUCAAGACUGCGACCCCGGCUUGAUCACAAAAUGCAAUUGGCGGAACAUAUUCUUCGAGAGUUUUGGCAGCUUUCCAUUUUGGAUGAGGUGGGCCACCUGGACCUCACUUUGCCUCCUCUAUAUAUCAAUUUACUCCUAGCGGCCAACAACUUCUCAUUUGACGAAGUGGCAGGUCUCCACAAGUCCAGUAUUGAUAUCACCCACUCUCUAGGGUUGGUGAGAAUUACGGGAACCGAGACGAGUUGCGAAUCAACUUGCGAAGUCAUUUCAGAUGCUGCCGCUCGAAUUCAAGAGGAACAGGUUGGGAUUGACUUUGUCACCGUUGGCACACGCUUCACUCCGAACUUUAUCGAUUGGGUGUGCCAAACAUACGGUGUUGAAAUCGACCGACAGGCUGUCCAGGGUCCGGAAAGGAUUCUGUACCUGAAGGAAAACAAACGGGGGGCGGAGGAAGCUCGAAGGACGCUAGGCCUCGCAGCUCACGGUGCUAAUCCAUCACCUCAACCGUUCUCUACGUACCUACCAGCCUCCGAACCAGCAAAUGUAUACGACUACACCCCCGAGACCACCGCUAGCUGGUUGGAUCAACAAAAAUCCUGGUUCCGAUGGGCCAUGCCCGCUGUUCAGACUACCGCGACUGAACCCCAACCCACCCCUUUCUUCAAUGGCCACAACGCCCUGCUAUCUAACACUUUGUUAAAGCUUCUGCGUGAUCAGCGCGAAGCUAACCCCGUCUCUCUUGGUGGGUUCACACUUCAGGAAUCGGUGACCGCCGCAGUUGGAAGGUGUCUAUUCAACCGGAAGUCUACAUUUGACGAGACAACAAUCAGCGCCUCUCAGCUUGGCAAGCUUUCUUUACCACGAACUUUUGUGCCCGAUGUACCUCGAAUCAAACCUUUCUUGGACUCGCUCUCACCAAUCGCCCCAGAGAAUGGAAUCCCGAUCCAUGUUGUUCGGCUGAUUCCGUUGCCAGGAUCAUCUGGCAAUCUUCCAGAGCUAGAAGUGGAAUUUUCCCCUAAGACUAUGAAUGCGUCGGGGGCCUCCCAAGACCCCAUUUCCAUCCACGGUGUCAGGUUCAUCCUCGAUACGAACAGUGUCGAUUUCCUCCUUCCAGAGACUGGACUUGAUCUACGCUUCACGCGUACUCUCCACUUGCAGGCCUCGGCUGAGACCGUCACCGAUGAAGAACAGUAUGAAGAGCUCUUGAACAGCAUCAAGCAGUCUCUUCGCGAUACGUUCACUUCCCCGUCAAGCAUCGAGGGCUCUUCCCUGCCUGCCUUCGGACAUAUUCGCCUACCGCAAAAUAUCUUCCCAUCAUGCCUUCACACCAAGACCGAGGGCAAGGUCGACUCUGUCGAGUAUAUUUUCCCUCCAAUGAAUGAUGCUCGAGGAGCUGUUGCCCAAAGAUAUCACUUUGAGGGUACGCAGUUGAGCUACCGCUUCUAUGAAAGUGGGCCGUUCCUCGCAGCCAGGACUACUGAAGUUUCGCUUGACAUGAAUAUCCCUCAAGAUACCAUGGAGGUUGUGGAUGGCGAGUCUCAGGAUGCCGUGGAACAAAACUUCCACUCCUUUUACAACACCGCUUGCGACAUGGCGUUUAAAAUCGACAAGGCAAGAUACCCGGACGAACACGACGGAUAG